UUAAUUUUUUGUUGUGCGCCAAAAACGCCAAAAAAUCCAAAUUGGCGUUUUAUAAUUUUUGCGCACAGCCCUGAACAAACAAACAACUAUUUAAUUGUUUUCUUAAUUUUAUACAUAAAAAUUAGUUUUGUACACCUGUUGAUAAAAAUAUUUUUUUCUUAAAAAAUUUUUUUUUGUAUUUUUAAACGUUAAAAAGGCUUUCCGUUUAAAUUUAUUUUUAAUUUUUGUUCUAAGCAAUUUUUAAAUAAUUUUUAGAAUUUUUCUCUCAAUGUUUUCUUUUUCAAGGAAUUUUACAAAAAAUUAUUUUUUAGCCAAAAAUAAAUUUUUAAAUAAUAAUUUUAUUGGAACGUUCUCAACAAUGACGCAAUCUGAUAUUUUACAAACAGAAUCGAUCACUAAAUUGUUACGAGGACAAUUUCCUGAAGAAAGUGGGGAUGUGGUUAAUGUAGAGGAUAUUUCUGGUGGUUGUGGAGCAAUGUUUAGAGUUCGUGUAGAAUCUACCCAAUUUGAAGGAAUGCCUAAAGUCAAACAGCACAAAUUAAUUAAUGAGGUGCUCAAGAAAGAAAUUAAGGAAAUGCAUGGAAUUGUUAUUGAAACAAAGACUUUGGAAAAGAAAUAA